AUGGCCGGCGCAUUCACCUCCGCCACGCUCGCCCUCUCCACCAAGGAGUUCACCACCUCUGACGGCACGCGGUACACCUACGACCACUCUGCCGCUGCCACAGUCGACGACGGGGCCACCAACACCACCAAGCCCACCUUCCUCUUCUUCCACGGCUUCCCUUCGAGCCGCCACGACUGGGCCGCUCAGGUGGAAGCCCUGACGGCCGCCGGCUACGGCGUCAUCGCCCCGGACCUUCUGGGUUUCGGCGAAACCGACAAGCCCGACCCGGAGAACCUUGCCCUGUACUCCUGGCGCCGCCAGUCUGGCCACAUUGGCGAGCUGCUUGACGCCGAGGCUGUUGACACCGUCAUCGGCGUCGGCCACGACUGGGGUACGUCUGCCCUCGGCCGGGCCUACAACUACAACUCCGACCGGUUCUCACACCUGGUCUUCAUUCUCGGGUUCAUCGAUGUCGAUGCGUUCAACGCGCAGACGCUGCUCGCGAGCGAGGGCCAGCUGGCGCAGUAUGGAUACUGGUACUUCUUCAACCAUUUUAGCGCAGAGCAGCUCAUCUCGGAUCACCUCGAGUCCUUCUACAGCGCCGCCUACACUCCCGACAGCGCCUCGCAGGGCAAGGAGCUCGCCCACCUCGGCGCCGCCCGGGCCUGGCUGACCGCCAACAAGACCACCGAGCUCGCGUCCUGGGACUCGCCCGCCCACAAGGCGACCUGGUUCGAGCUGUACACCCAGCCCAACGCCGUGGCGGCCAGCCUGAACCCGUACCGCCGGGCCAUGCGCGGCACCGACGUCUCCGACGACAACAACGCCAUCGCCCUCCAGGACAAGGUGCUCAACGUGCCCGUCACGCUCAUCGGCGGGACCCAGGACACCAUCUCCCCGGCCAUGUACAUGAGGCUGCUCACCGAGCCCGUUGCCACGCAGGGCCUCGAGGAGCACCUGCUCGAGGCGGGCCAUUGGGUCGGCAUGGAGCGGGCGACCGAGGUCAACGACAUUUUGCUUGGCCUUGGUGAGGGCCUGACGGUCAGCAAGUAGUGGGCAUUCAUGUGGGAGUUGGGGAAGGAAAACACGGAGGUAAACAUUUGUCAUUUUAGCGUAACGGG